AGGUCUCGGGCCCUCAGGCGGAGCGGCGGGCGCCGGACCCCCAGGAGGAGCGACAGGUCUCGGGCCCUCAGGCGGAGCGGCGGGCGCCGGACCCCCAGAUGGAGCGACAGGUCUCGGGCCCUCAGGCGGAGCGGCGGGCGCCGGACCCCCAGGUGGAGCGACAGGUCUCGGGCCCUCAGGCGGAGCGGCGGGCGCCGGACCCCCAGGCGGGGCGGCGGGCGCCGGAUCCCCAGGCGGAGCGGCGGGCGCUGGACCCCCAAGCGGAGCAACAGGUCUCGGGCCCCCAGGCGGAGCGGCGGGCACCGAGUCACCAGGCACGACAGUGGGCUCCGAGUCAACUGGUAUGACCGCAGGCACUGGGUCAGACAUUGUAUGGUCUGGCUGGACAGCGGGCAUCGGGUCACCAGGCAUCAGGUCAUUUGGCUCGACAGCGGGCACCGCGUCAUCUGGCAAGGCAGUGGGCUC